AUGUUUCACCUAACAGCAGCAGCAGAUGGACAAGGCCUGACCUUGACAGUCAGAGUUGGUGAUGAAGUCACUUUGUCUUGUGGAAAUGUGAAAUAUACCUGGAAUUACUGUGAAAGCAUCACCUGGAUAUUCAGUUAUAACAGCCAAACAGUAGGACUGUUUGAAACUGGACAGAUUCACAAAGAUGCAGCAGCUAAAUCAGACAGACUGAGUGUUACAGCAGACUGUUCUCUGGUUAUAAAGAAGGUCUCAGUGGAGGAUGUUGGUAUUUACACCUGCAGACAGUUUAUAAAUGGACAACCAGGACCAGACUAUUUCAUUUAUCUGUCUGUUGUUAACAUGGUUAAACAAAACCAGAAAGAUAAAAUCCUCUUAAUCUGCUCUGUGAUGGAAUAUGGUCGCUGUAGACACACAGUGGAGUGGCUGAAGGAGGGAACAGAGGAAAAGUUUUCAGACCAGGAGAAAUCAGGACAGUCCUGCUCUGCUACUGUGACGUUUCCAGCAUCUGUCCAUAACUCAGAGUCAAACCUUCCUCCAUUCCUAAAGUGUAAAGUGACACAUAGUUACACUAAUGAAGUGCAGAUGUUUGACUUCAGGCUUCGUUCCUCUGGUGGGAGAACAGAUUCAACAUCAACAACAACAAAACAGGCCACAAUAAAAACAAUCACCACCACACAACCACCUACAACUAAAUCAACAAGAAGGUCACCAACAAAGACAAUAACAACAGCCACAACAACACAACCAGCAUCAACUACAUCAACAACAACAACAGCAGAACCAUCAAUGGCCUUUGAUGAAGGGAAGCUGACAGGAAGAGGGGAUGAGAGAGAGGGGGACGACAUGCAGCAAAGGCAACAGAUUCCAAACGCCACACCUGGAAUCAACUGCAGACCUUUUAACUGCUUAAUCAAUGACAGGUACGACAAAAUCAAUGAUGAAAACAACAACUACUACUAUGACUACCAGACCUACUUCAACAACUACAACAAGAAUGACACCAGCGGAGCCUAA